AUGCCUCUUCUACUGAUUCUGAUCCUACCGAUGCUGACCCGCCGCGCUCCGGCUGACCACCUCGCCGAACCAGCUCCGGCUGACCACCUUGCCGACUCUGUUGGCUUUUCGGUCGGAUCUGAUGACGCCCCGGCGGACGAUGCCUCUUCUGCCGAUUCUGAUCCUACCGAUGCUGACCUCCGGCUGACCACCUUGCCGACUCUGUUGGCUUUUCGGUCGGAUCUGAUGACGCCCCGGCGGACGAUGCCUCUUCUGCCGAUUCUGAUCCUACCGAUGCUGACCCGCCGCGCUCCGGCUGACCACCUCGCCGACCCCGCUCCGGCUGACCACCUUGCCGACUCUGUUGGCUUUUCGGUCGGAUUUGAUGACGCCCCGGCGGACGAUGCCUCUUCUGCCAAUGCUGAUCCUACCGAUGAUGACGUGGGUAGUGACCAAGUGCAUGACGUGGACACGACCGAGGUUGACCGGUUAGCUAAGGAGUAUGAAGAUUUACGGAGAGCGGUAGCAACACGUGAGCAGCGUGUUGCUCCACUGUGGAUAGGUUUCGAUGCGCUUGCUCGCAGCUUUGCACAACGUGGUCGGGAGCUUGACCAAUUGAAAACGGAUCGCGCUUUAAGCCACCAAGAGCUUCACCGCUUACGAUCCUCCCAUGCUCCUUUCAUCGAGGAACUAGCACUGUUGAGAGCAGAACGAGAUCUGCUUACUCGCGACCGCCAGGCUCAGCUCAACCAUCUGGGCAACUUCGUUAUGGGGCUUCCGCCGUCGGUGGGGCUCGCUUAUGAUAAGCGGCGGAGAGAGAAGUCAGCGGCCGAUCCUGUGCCACCCCCGAACAAGCGUGCGCGCGUUACGGUCACCUCGAGCUCUGCUUCUAGGUCUCCAUCUGACGUGGUCCCGCCCGUAGACUAUGUGACCCAGCAGCGAUCCGCUUCAAAUUCUCUCGGUCAUCCUCGCGUUGCGGUCGGACCAGAUUUGCCUGCCAGCCUUUCCUCUACGGUCGCAGGGCCCGCCGGCCCAACUACCCAUUCACGAUCGGCAUCCACUCACCCCAAGUCCCGGCAGGCGUCUCGCCUUCGCCUCGACGUCCCCAAGAUUCUAGCACGUACGACCAGAAAAUCGUCCAAGCCCAAGACCGUGACCACGCCACUGUCUGUUAUGACUCGGCGGUCACAGACGCAAACACGAGCGCGUUUCCCCUCCGCAUAUCAUGUGCAGGAUAGCGACGGCUCCGUAGAAUCUGCUGAAGAGGCCAUGCUCAUCGCACUGUCACGGUCGCGUUCUUCCGUUCGACGGCGGUCUUCUGUCUCGGCCACAAGAUCUGCUAACGGGAUGGAUGAUACUCCGAUCGAGAUCGAUCCAGCCAUUCAAACACCCGCGACUCGUCCGGAUCCGUCAAGACGUGAUACUCGUACUUCAUCAGCCGUCUCCAGGUCGCCGCCCAUCGCUGCGACACCUCCGACCACAGAGCCACCCAGGGCGUCCGACGAGUCCGAUGGGUCGGUGAGGGUACCAAGCUACGGUCAUGCCCCAGUAAACAAGCUCUUAUCCCCGACCGCCUUCAAGGCUUUACCCCCCCUUUCGCUGUGGUCAUCCCAUCGCUUGGGCUUGGUCACUGUAGGUCACCUGGACUUGGAUCUCUUGUUCCACCACUACUCCCGGCCCAAUCACUAUCUGUUCCCGAUUCCACACGGUUCCCUGUGUCCGCCAACUGAAGCUCAGCGGUCCCCGCGGCUAGUGACCUCCGCCCAGAUCGCUGCUUUAUACAGCCAAAAACCUUGGGACGUCUUGGAUCGGCCUAAUGCGCCUGUGUCAUUCCGCCCGACUGGCUGGUUUCAAGCUUUGAUGAUUGCGUAUCGUGAGUUCGAAGACCAUCAUCUCCAGGCGUUAUGGGAGUCUACUCAUGUGCUCCCGAUCAUCGUCUGUCCAAGUCGUGCGAAAGACCCUGGAUUGAGCGUCUUCUAUAAAGAAAGGCGUCGUCGGCGUUCCAGGUCCAGCCCCCAGUGGAAGGCUGUACUCUGUAUCGUGUAA